GAAUGGCAGGCCUGUGGUAGGAUAACUUCUCAAGUUUGUGACAUUUACCAAUCUUAAAGAAUGUGUUCGUCUUGUGUACCGGCUGACUUCGGCUAAUCAGAAAUGUAGUCGACAGAGCAGUGACUUCCACCUUUCGAUAGUUCUCGCACUAAAAUGGUAGAGAAGCUGUGUUGAGACGGACGGACGGAGGAUCGGUGCUAGAUCACACACCCUGUCCCACGGCCAGGCCUAGGUCCACUGGUUACCUGAGUGAAUACCAUUGACCAGAACUUGUCAAAAUGAGUAAUGCCAAGUGCCGUAAAUUUGUCCCUAACAUUUUCAACAAAAGCAAGUGUCAAGAUUGCUUUGCUCCAAAGGAAUUACACUCUGCAGAAGCUCUGGAAUGUAACAAGAGUUCAAGGAAGGUAUCAAAAUGUGGCUACCUGUUUGUUGCUCCGGAUUUCGACUUCACCAACCCAAUGGACAGAACUCGCAGAUGGCAGAGACGGUUUUUCAUCCUGUAUGAUGAUGGUGAGCUGACUUUCUCUGUGGAUGAAAAUCCUGACACUGUCCCUCAGGGCUCUGUGGAUAUGAACAAAUGCCUGGAUGUCCACGAUGCAGAGGGCGUGACCACUCACAAGCAUUCCAUGUGUGUGUCUUCCCAGGAUAAGACCUACUACAUCAAAGGGAGCACCAAGGAGGAAAUCUCCAGGUGGUUUGAUAUCUUAGUGAUGUAUCCACGAAGUAACAUUAAAACAAAGAGGAGAGCUCCCAGCAUCCACAACUUAGCGGAGAAGGAAAAUCAGCAGGAUGGAAAACAUUCAAAAAACCAACAAAACUUGUCGGAAUUGAGAAAACCUCUGGAAACCUCUACAGCCGAGAACAAGACACUUGGUAGUUCUCGCUUUACAGUUAUAACGCAUGGACCGGGCAGUAUUGAUAAAGGCAAGUCUCGGAUUGAUGCCACACCCUUUACCACACAUAGGGGUGUGCGUAGUCUGAAACAUAAGAACGACAAGGCUUACCAGGAGGGCCUGAGAAAAAGUAACAGUAUGUAUGAUCUGACUGAAGACAAUGACCCAGAAGACAAACUUGUCCAUUCCCGCUUCCGCAGUCGCUCAAGAGAUCGGCUUGAUGAUCUAACCUACAUCUCUGAUGCAAAUCCGUACGCAACCCUUCCCCGAACUCUGAGAACUUCUCGCCUAGAGAUGUACGGCAGUUCUGACAAAGUGAACAAUUCAGCUGGCAACUCGCAGGGUGCAUCGACACCAGUGUCAAGUCGUGACCAAUCACGGGGCAGCAGCAUGCAUUCUGACUCCACGUCCGCUAAAAGGCAGUGUGGCGUGGGUCAGCAGAAAGGGGAGCUAACUCAUGAAGAGUUGGUUGGAUCAAGAGGAAAUGAAACUGAUGAACUAAAGCUGGCCAAAGGAGAGGAGGACCUAGAUUCUAAUUGGUCCUUUUCUGAAGAUACAACCACUGAUGAAGGAGAGGAUAGUUUCAAUGAAGCUGAGAUGGCAAAAUGGGAAGUACCUUCAUUGAGAUGUAGUCAGAGUACAGAGGGCAUUACUGGGGAACUGUCCUAUGCAAAGAAAGGCUGGCUUAUCAAGAAGGGACCCUCCGACACGGAGCCCAAAAAGCAUUGGUUUGUGCUGAGCGGUGACUCGCUGCGUUACUUCAAAGAUUCUCGUGCAGAAGAUAGUAACCAGCUAGAAGGGCGAAUUGACCUGUCAACCUGUUAUGAUAUAUCUGAAGUGCCUAGUAUCAAGAACUAUGGAUUUUCUGUUAAGAAUCAGAAUGGCGAGAACUUGUUGUCGGCGAUGACCUCAGGGAUCCGUAGUACAUGGAUGAAGUCACUAGGUAAGUGUGUGGAGUAUAACAAACAGAGGACCCGCUCUAGCCUGUCUAGUGAGUCAACCAGCAGUGUGGAGCGCUCACCACGAGAUGAUGUGGAUUUGACACGCAGCACAUCUGAUAGCUCCUUUGUAAAGAGGAUCAGUGCUCUGAGGGAUGUGCCCUCCAGAAAACUAGACACGGCCAAACCUGUGAGGCGACAUUACUCAGACUUGAACCUGCGUAGUGUUGGGGAUAUGGUGUUGGUAGAUGACAUCAACAUUGGUAAUACAGGGCCUAGCGCCGUUGGCAGUAAUCGGAGCAGGGAAAUACACAGAAAAACAAGAAGGUCGUUGACCAAUGAUGAUACCAAAAAUAUAAAACUACAUUUCUUGGACUCAGUAGACAAGAGCUCUUCCACAGAUAGGAGAAGCAGGAAGUCAGAUUUGGGCUUGCUACAAAAGAAGUAUUCCAGUGACCAUGAAGAUUUGACAUCUUCCAAGCCCCCAUUCCGGCGUUAUGUAGAGGGUAGUGACAGUGUGGGAGUAUCUGCUGACAACCAUAAGUCUAAAACUGGAAGGGUUGAUGACCUAAGGGGUCGAGAGUCAUCAGAAAAUUUGCAUCAGCGAGCAAAGUCCCCCAGCACCAAGGUGAAAGAAAAAACACGUUCCAAGUCACCCCGACUUCAGUCCCCGCCCCCAGGCUCUGGAUCAGGGGACUCGGAUCAAGAAGCAGAAAUUGUGUCGAGGAGCAGUCAGAAGCUAAGGCUAAGUCGUCAGUCACCUUCAGAUGACCUUGAUAUUACAGGACGAAACAAUGUGAUAGUCGAUCUUCUUGAAGUAGAGGUCGAAUCUUUGAAGAAUCAGUUAGAGAAGACUCAGAGUGAAUUACAUGAUGUCCAAAUCAGUAACUCCGAGUUAAAGUCCCACCUGCAUUCCUUAGGUCAUGACUCUGUUCACCUGGACUCCCUUCAUAGUGGACAGGAUGAAGUGGAUACCAGUUUUGAUUACAGUGUGGAUCUUUCAGCCUCCCAGUCAUCCCAGCGUAAGCAAUAUCGUGAUUACCAGGACACCAUUCGUAGACAGAAGACUGAAAUUGAUACCCUGAAGUCCAAACUGGACAUUUCGUUAUCCAAACUGACUAAAACAGAACAGGAGCUGGCCAAGGCUGUGAACAAUCUUAAACAGGAGAAAGAAAAGUUCCUGAGAUUGUCUGAUGAUUGGAAUGCCAGGAUCAAAAUGUUAGAGGAUCAGCUACGAGAUACAGCCAUCAGUCUGGAUGCAAAGAGGGAAGAACUGUCAUCAAAGGAGAGUGAGAAUAAGAGGCUGUCAAAUGAUAUCAAGAGUUCCCUGGAGAAAGUGAGGAACAGUGAACGGGAAAUCCUGAAGCUAAAAGCUGUGGAGAGAGACUACAAAACAACCAAAGAGCAUCUGGACAAUACAGAGUGUGAACUGGCUGCAGCCAAGGCUAAGCUGAGGGAGCAUGACCUGAAGCUGAGGAAAGUAGAGGAUGAGUAUGAGAAACACUUAGAGGACAUAGAGAGGCAGUUCUGUGGGGAUCGGGAGGAUCUGGAGCAACAGUUAGAGAACAUCCAGAGGCAGAGCACCAUCACUGACAAUGUCAACAGUGACAUGAAGGACAUUCUCCAGGAGAAAGAUGAGAUUAUCUCACAGCUGGAGGAGAAGGUCAUCGAGACAGAUGACAAAAUGGAACAGCUAAGCAAAAGGCUGGAGACAUUUGACAGGAAAACAUUCAAGGCUGAACAAACGGCAAGCACCAUGGAGGAACGAAACAGAGAACUGCUCAGCAAGCUCAAGAAAGCUGAAAAAGAACUGGCACAGCUGAAGGCGAGGAAGGAUGCUGAUCGCAAUUCAAGUAAGCAAGCAGACAGCACAAAGAAGGGGAAGAACCAGACAGCUAACGAAAUAGAGAGUCUGAAAGCCAUAAACAGAAACUUGUAUGAACAAAAUGAAGCUCUGGAGGCUUCCAUUAGUGUUUUGAAUGAUCGUGUAGCAGAUUUGGAAAAGCGAUGUGAAGGUAAACAGAAAGAGCUGGAUACCUUACUGAGAUCAAGUCGGGUCAGACCAGGCUCUGGGGAUGUCUUGAACAAAUAUGAUCAGGUGAUGGAAGAGAUGAAACUGGUAAAGAGUAAACUACUUAAUCUAGAACAUGUUAUCCAGGAUUACAAUUCACAGCAUGGAGGUAAGGUACCAGAGGAAAGAGUUCUGGCUUUAGCAGAAACCACCUCCAUGUUGGGAGAGCUCCAGAAGAGGUUAGAGGUUACAAACCAGGCUUUGAAGGAUACGACUCUUCUUGUGGAUGAUGCUGUAGACAACCCUGCUUUCCAACACAAGGUCACAGUCAGUGGUUCAUCUGGGCCUCAAGCAAUUCUGGAGGAGUAUCUGGAGUUAAAGAAAAAGUUCGACAAGGCAGUGUUUGAGAUCAAGAAGUUAAAGCAGGAAGUAAAGGAAACAGAAGCUAAUUUCGUAAAACUAGAAACGAAUGAGAAACUUUUGCGUCAGCAGAAAAAUGCUUUAGAGAAAGACUAUGAGAGCCAGGUAGCGGUAAUGAACAGCCGAUUGAAUGAACUGUCUUCCAAACUGUGUGGGGUAAGCAAACAGGCUCUGCCUUAUCCCUCAGGUAAUGCAGGCCUGUCCAAAGAAUUAGAGAGCCAACUUAAUUCUUUAGAGCAUAAUAUAGAGUUUGUAGAGAAUGCAAUGAAGAAUCAGGAUACAGAGACAGCGAGUCUGCAGCAGCAGAUUGGAUUAGUGGAGCAGCAGGUGGGCAGGUCCCAGGAUGACACUCAGGGAAGCUCUAGACCCAGGCUUCUUCCAGACACCCCAACAAGCCCUGCCAGCCCUACUAGCAGCAAACAACUCACUGCCAAACUCAAACAGAUGAAGCUGCAACUGGAGUCGACCAACUCCAAGAUGAAAGACAUCACCUCAAAGAUUGGUGACAAAGAUUCUAGUCAAGGGGAACUGAAAAGCUUGAAAGAAAAGGAGAUGAAGCUUCAAGAGCAAAUACUGAAAUAUGAAGACAGCUUGAGGCAGUUAAAUGUUGAAAUUAACAGCCAUUCCACACCAUCAACGCCCACAACAACUGUAGGCAGCCGUCUUCAGGAGGUGCAACUUCAGUUGAGCCAGACGGAGUGUACACUCGAGAACUGCAGGUCCAAGUUAUCCAGCAUAAUCCAUAUUGUUGAGUCUUAUCAGGAUAAAGACAAGCAGCCAGUAGGAGCUGAUAGUCUGGCUCUGCUGAAAGAGAGGCUGACAGAAGCCAUGGAAGCAGCCUGUAUCCCUGUUGGUCAAAGCGAACAGGACAUACUAAAGGAUAUAUCUGUGAAAAAAACUGCCCUAGAUGCUAGGGUUGUACUGAAACAGGCCGAGUUUAGUCAAUUAGGGCCUCUCUCAGAAAGCCAGAAGCAGUGCUUGUACGCAGAGAAACUGGCUUGUGAAGCUGUUAUACUCGGAGAACUCUCUUACCUGGUUCAAAAGCAAGACACUAAAACUUUUCAUUCUUCUCUAUCAAGGGACAUUCAAGAUGCUAACUUUAGAUUGUUCAAACUAGAGCAGCAACUUGGAGUAAAAUCUGAUAGUCCAGAAUCCAACUUAGAUUUGGAUGUACUUGGGUCAUAUGCUGCAUUAAUUGCAGACAAAAUAAUAAUGCAGGGCAAAUUGUCAACAUUGACAGCUUCCAAGUCUGAAGAGCUACGCCACUCGUCAGUGAUGCUUUCAGAGGGCGGUGACCCCCAGACAAUGAGUCUGGCGGAGGAGGUCCUGGUUAGAUCCCAGAUUCAGGACAGCAUGAACAACCAAUGUAACAACACAGCCCUGGAGCCCAUUGAGUCCUACGCAGCACAUCUGACGUCAAGGGCAUUGAUUCAAGGAGAAAUAACAUUUGCCUUGGCACAAAUGAAGAGCAGGAUUGGUACAAGAAUGACUGAUAAGCAAAGGCUUGAUAUAAUAAAUCAGGAACUCUCUCAGGCAUUGGAUCUUCUUUACCAUCGACAGAGUGCAAUUUCUAAAGCUGUGUCUGUCUUCAGAAGAGAGAAAAUCUCAAAACUGGCAGAAACAUUAGCUAUAGAAACUCUGAACAAUGUUAGUGGUAGUGAUUUGCAGUCCAGGCAGGCCUCCAUGUGUGAACUUAUCAAUGUGGUUAUGAAUGGCGUUCGUGACCAGUAUUUAAGUGACUGGAGCAGUGCUCAUAAGGACGCUCCUCAAGAAAAAGGUGCUCAGCUACAGAAAUCUUUGAAAGAAGAAUUCCAGUAUACAUUCACUGAGCUAAAAUCAAAAUACAGCAGUGUUUUGUCAAAUAUGACUACUGCUACUUCCAAAGGACAGUCUCUUAAAGAAGAAAUUAAGACUGGGUUGGCUGCAUUUUGUGCUAUUUUAGCACAGUUUGCUGCUGUUGUUGGAAGCACUAGAUAUUUGAAUGCUGUACACAAGAGGAACAAGCUAGAUCUAGAACGAGAUCCUCCUAACCCUGAUAGUUCAUCGGAAUCUGCACAGAGAAUGAGAAAGAUCCUGGGAGAAGCUCUGAUGAAAGAAGCAUCCACAAAGGAGGCCAAAGCAACAGACCUGAGGAACAAGGUGAGGGCUUCAACAGGUCAGAUAGCUGAACUGGCAGGACAGCUCCCAGAACUGCGAGGCUGGAAGGGUGAGGCUCUGGCAGCAUACGCUGAAGUCCUGUUGAGGGAAGCCGUUUUCCAGGCAGAACUAACCUACAGCAGCCUGAAACUCAAGAUGCAUCACAGGGAAGAGCUUCAGGAACUUCAUGAAUAUUAUGAGGCAAAGUAUGGGAGAGUAGAUGCCAAUGAAAGCGUGGCAGAGUCAUAUGCUGAGUGCGAGUCCUUCCUUGCCAAACCAGAAGGAACUUUGGAGGAGGAACAUAGCAAAGUCACAGAGGCCAUGAAGUCAGUGGAACUCAUGCUGAAGAAGCUUAAAAGCUCUUUGAAAUCCAGUGCAUCCAAAGAUUUCCAGGGUCAGACUGACACUCUAGAGAAACUUUUUCGCCAGGCAAUGUCCGUUGUGAAGAAAACCCAAGAGGAAACCACGACCUCUGUGAUGAAGGACAUAAAGGAUGCCAAGAGUAAGGUGGAGGAGAUCAUAGAUGACCAUGAGCGGGAGAAGGAGAGUUUGGUGGCAGAGUAUGAGGACAGGAUAGCCCAGCUAGAGGAGGAGAUAGAUGCCAUCAAGGAAGACCAUGAGAGUGAGUUUGACCAGCUGAAGCAGGAUAUGUUCACAGCUGUCAGUGCUAUCCGGGCUAGUGAGGUCCAGUCCGAGGCAGAUAUGAGUAAUGAGAUCAUGAGACUGCGACAUCAGCUUUCCUCACAAAGAGCUAAGGUUAUGAUGGAGCUGAAGAGUAUGCGUUCCAGUAUCCCACAUUCCCAAAGGAACACCAAAUUAGCCAGUGCUUUGUUGGGCAAAAUUCAGAAUGUGGAGCACAUCUUGACCGGUUUUAAGUCUGGCUCUCAGGAGAGUCUGCUAGAGAUCACCAAUCAGGACUUCAGCAGCAGCAGCACAGAUGAGGAGUCUGACGAUGACUCCUCAGAGGUGUCAGAUGGCGGAGAAGAGAUUGAGGAGCCAAGAGGAGCAAAGAAGAUAGACACUCGUGUUCACAAGAGGAUUUUAUUGAGGAUGCAUGAGAGGCACAAGUCCCAGUUAGUUCAGCUGAGAAAGGAGAAAGACAAAGCUUUAGAAGAUGAAAUGAAAUCCACCAAAGCAGCAUUGGAGGCCAUGGGAAAGAAGUAUGAGGAGGAACUGCAAAGAGAACGAGAGAAGUUUGGGGAUGCUCUGACGAAACUCUACACUGAUGAUGACAUGACAGAAAUCAGCAAGAGACACAGUCUUGAAGUGGAGCAUCUUAAGGAAGAAGUAACCAAACUGAAGGAAAAAUUCAAAAAGAAGAAUGAAGAGAUGAAGGAUUUGCAAGAGAAAUUAUUCAAGUCAAACACUGAACACAGGAAGGAGAUUCGUCAGUUAGCUCUCAGAAAUGAUCACUUGAACACUAGUAUGACCAAAGAGUUAGAGAAGUUAAAAGCUGUGGCCAGUAAAGGAUCAGAGGCGUCGUCAAAGGCUUCGGCCAAACCAGACAAGGAAGAGCUUUACAAUGCCCAGGUGAUAGCCAGAGUGAAAGAUACAGAAGUGAAACAGAUGAAGGAACAGUUGAAAGUCAUGAAAGAAAGACUUCAAAAAUCCCAAGAGGGCCAGGAGCAGAUAUCCAGCCAAUAUAAUGAGCUAUACAACAAGUACCAGGCUUUGUCCACGGAGCACGAGGAAGAAGUGGAAAAGCUCAAGAGGAAACUAGAACAGGCUUUACUGGGCUUCAGAGGAGAGGGGAAGAAAGGGCUACGAAGAGUUUCUUCAUUCAACCAAAGAGACCGUAGUCCAAGUCCACAAAGGGGUGGGCUAAAGAAGGAAGCUGCUGGACAUAUAAGUCGUGAUGGUCAAAGAAGACGCCACAGACCAAGAGACUUGAGGCGUUCUAAGAGCAGUCCCUCUCUCCCUUCCAUUUCGAAACUUCCAAUGAUAAAGGGAAAGCUAGAAGAGGUGGUUAAGUCGCCUUCAGCCACAGGAGGCCUCCUGAAGAGCAACAGUUCACGAUUUAAUAAGCCCUAAGCAGACCGAGAGGCUGAGCGAUUUCACACAUCUAUCACCAGUAUUGUUAACUCACUCAAGGCAGCUACUUCCACAGCUUUACCCAUAUUUUAUGUACACUGCUGGUGCAACUCACCACACCCUUCAGAGCAUUUAAUCCUAGAUUAUUAUGACCACAGUUACCGUGCUAACCAACAGGUGUAAGCUUGUGGUACUGAAGACUUUUUUUUCUUCUCUUUGUUAAUUAUAUCUUGUUGACACCUUGACGUCACCAGCACUGAAAAGUCUCUGGUUAACUCAAGAUACUGGCUAUGUUAAUGUUUGUAUAUCAAUCAACAUUUGUAUUGUGCUAGCCACAGAUGAUCAUAGCCAUUCUAAUGGUAGGAGUAGUUCUACUGGUUUUUCCUCGUACAUGUUAUAAGAACACACUUGUUUUCAGUGAGAAAAUGAAUAAUUAAUUAUGAACUUUCAUAGUAUGCAAAGCAAAAUCAAUAGUUUAAUACAUGUACGUGCCAAAACCUAGCUUUUUGAUGCAGGUCUCUACCUGUGAGUUGCGUAUUAGCAACUUUUGAAAAACAGAGCUAAAGAAAAAUGUCAUGUCUGUAGUCCUACAUGUUCCUGUUAGUAUGAUAUUGUUGAAGUACAUUUGAAUCUAUGAUGGAUUUAAUUACUUUCACUAUGGUGCUAUUUCACAUCUUGUUCAUCAUGCUAAUGGUGAAGUAUUACCUGGUUUGAACACUGUGAAAUCUCCCGAAUGGAAAAGGCUCUGGUAUAAGCUAGUCAUGGGUGACUGACACUAAUUACUGCAGUUGUCUUUCUUUGUUAAAUAAUUUGAAUUUGUGUAGGCAUUUGUUAUUUAUUAGUGACUCCAACAUAAUUAUUUUAAGUUGACUUUUCAUUGAACUCAGGUUUGUGGUUGUGGUAUCCUCGUAUGGAUACAUGUGCGUGGUUGUGUGCUACCCUUCAUUUUACCACCAUGAUACUUAUGUAAGUUCAUGUACUAUCAGUUUUUAUUCUGUUUAAAAUGAAUUAGAUGAUCUUGGGAUGGGCCUUGUUUUAAAGCUUAUCAGUUAAUCAGGUUACAAGGAUUAUUAAUAUUUCUGAAGAUCUCAUAGCAUAUUCGUUACAAUUUAUUCACCUUGUUUUAGUUAUGAUUUUGUAGGUUAUGAAAUUUGCAUGAUCUGAAGUACGCAGUUUUCACAUAUUUUGCAUUAACCUAACCCAUAUUGUUUGUUUAGAGUAUGUGGCAACUUUGUUAAUCACCAGACUGGUUUUAUUUAUUAUUAUUAUUAUUGUUAUGGAAUAACAUCAAGCGGUAUCUGAUGAUGUUACAUUGGUGUGUUAAUAUAUUGUCCAACAUUUUUGAUGUGUUGUGAAUAUGUGGUGAUAAAUGGCAAUUAACCUUUCUAUGCAACUACUAUUUUUGUAUGGGCAUUUAAUAUUGGAAAUAUUUUCAUUAAAUUUGUCUGUGAGCUGUCCAAACUAAUAUUUAUGUGGGCAAUAAUAACUGCACUUGUGUUAACAGAUAUGCUGAUCACUGUCAGCUUUCUAUUAUUUUUGUUCUAAAUUACACCAAGUCCAGCAUGCAAAGCCAUUCUGUCACUUCUCCUUAAUCCUGUACAUACAUGUAGCUCAGAGUGCGGUUGGUGUAUGUUGGCAUGUCAUGAAGUUAUCAUGCCAUUUGGAAAUAAUAGCUGUGUUUUUGUCAGUGUGUUUCACAUUUGUCAAAGUGUGUGAUUUCCUGGUGCUUGAGUGUAAAUGCACACUGAAGAUUGAAUGAGUUGUCCCUGAUGGCAGCCUGUAUAAAUUCUCCUUACCUCCUCAUUUACCUUCUAACUAGUGUCAGUACCAUUAUACUCAAUACCCGCAACUAAAAUAAAUGGUGUAAGGACAGAA